GCGGGAGAGCCGCAGGAGAAGAAGGCGUGGCGUAGCGGGCGGGGGGCUCUUUGGGUCUGGGGCCGCGGCGCCGUCCGCGCAGGGACCCGGGUGACACCGUCGUUUCCCAUCUUCCAGGGGCCGGCCGGGCAGCCAUGCUCCUCUCAGGGGGCGAGCCCCCGGCGCAGGAAUGGUUCAUGGUGCAGACGAGAUCGAAGCCUCGGGUACAGCGACAGCGGCUGCAAGUGCAGCGCAUCUUCAGGGUCAAGCUGAAUGCCUUCCAGAGCCGCCCCGACACCCCCCACUUCUGGCUGCAGCUCGAGGGGCCCCGGGAAAACACGGGCAAAGCCAAGGAGUAUCUGAAGGGCCUGUGCAGCCCGGAGCUGUGGAAGGAGGUUCGCUACCCACCGAUCCUGCACUGCGCCUUCCUCGGGGCCCAGGGUCUCUUCCUGGACUGCCUCUGCUGGAGCACCCUGGCCUACCUGGUGCCCGGACCCCCUGGCUCCCUGAUGGUGGGUGGGCUGACCGAGUCUUUCAUCAUGACCCAGAACUGGCUGGAGGAGCUGGUGGCACGGUUGCGCUGGGGCCCUGCCCCUCUGCUGACCCCCCGGGGAAUCUGGGAGGCUGAAGUGACCCGAGCCUUUGGGGCCCUGGUCUGGAUCCGUGGUGACCAAUAUGCAGGAGAACUGCUGCAGCUACCCCCAGCAGUCCAGGAGCUGCUGCUGAGCCUGGUGCGAGAUGCUGCUGGCAAGGAGGACAUCAUUGAGUGGCUCGGCCGCUUUGGCAUCUCCGACUCCCGCUCCAAGUCGGAGGUCCUCACCUGCCCUCCCCAGCAGCAGAAGGAAGACUCGGCCGUGAUGUCCGCGGGAGACAAUCCUGGGACCUUUCUGGAGGUGGGGACCCUCCAGAAUGGGGGCCCAGACAAUUCAAAGGGGUUAACCAGCCUGGGAGCCACCAGGUCCCUGAUCUCAGGCAUCUCAGCCCCAAGCACCCAGCAGGAGUCAGCAAAGCAGCUAGUACGGGUCGGUUCCAACAGCCAAGGCAGUGCCAACAGUGCUCGAGAGGAAGGGCCAGCUCAAGCCACCAGCAGCCAGGACCCUGUGAACCACACACAAGCCUCGUUGCAGCAACGCCAGGUCCAAAGGGUGGAAGACAGACUCCCGCUCCAGCCCCCGGUGUCAGCCCUGGGUCUGUGCCCACCCUGGAAGGCCUGGGCCCCAGGGCCAGCCUUUGGGCACUUGUGGCCAGGGGCUAUUGCCGCAACCUUCUGGAGACUCAAUGAACUGCAUUCUCUUCACCUGGCCUGGCUCCUGUCCCAGGCCUGCUUCAAUUUCCCCUUCUGGCAGAGACCGCUGGGUCCCAUUCAGCUGAAGCUGCCAGGGCAGAAUCCCUUGCCCUUAAAUCUGGAGUGGAAGCAGAAGGAGCUUAUUCCUCUGCCCAGUGCCGAAAGCCCAGCCUGUAGCCUGGACGGGGAGCUGGGAGGAGAUACAGCCCUACAGAAAUGCCCAAGGCCAGAGACCCCCCAGAAAGUCAUGAGUUUAUUGGUGGUCCCGGAGGGUCUGGGUAUAAAGGACAAGGUUAGUCCAGGACUUCCACAGAUAGGGCCACCUUUGACCUCUGUUUCCCACCUUCAUGCUGUGGAUGAGCCCAGCGAUCAAGGUGGCAUACAGUCGAAUUGUAAGGGACUGAAAGAGGGACCCUCUGCAGUGCUGCCCACAGGGCAAGGGGUGCCCACAGGGCAAGGGAGACCCAAGGCUCAAGGGGGGCUGGCAGUUCAAUCAGUACCUGAAGUUGAAACAGUGCCUGAAACUCUCAAAGUGCCUAUGGGUACAGCAGUGCCCAAAGCUGAACGCCCUCCCCCAACUCAAGCACCGCCUGCAGCUCCAAAAGUGCCUCCAGCCCAAACGAUGCCGGCAGUGCACGCAGAGCCUGCAGCUCCCAAUGUGCCUUCGGCUCCAACAAAGCCAGCAGCUCAAGUGGUGGCCCCAGCUGAAAAAGCAGCCGGGGGCCAGCCGGCACCGGCAGCUCAAGUGGUGGCUGCUACUCCCAAAACUCCCACGGCUCAGAAGAUGCCUGCAGCGAAAACAUCACCUGCAGGUCCCAAAACACCCAAAGCUCAAACUGGGCUUGCAGCUAAAACAGGACCUGCAGCUCCCAAAGUACCUGUGGCCCCCAAAGCACCUGCAGCUUCCAAAGCUUCCAGAACUCCCAAAGCACCUGCGGCUCAGAAGGUACCCACAGACACAGGGCCAGCUGUGGAUGUAGCUCACCUGAGUAAGGGCCAGCCUUCAUCAAAGGGCCAGGGGCAGGCUGGAAGGCCAGGUCCCCUGCCCAGUAGCAACUUGGCCCCCAUCAGUAAGCACCAGUCUCAGGUGGAGGGGAUCCUGGGGGCUUGGCCAGGGGCCCCAAGGCAGCCACCUCGCCAACUGCAAGCAAACAGCAUGGUGACCAGCUUCCAGAGGUACCACGAGGCCCUGAAUACACCCUUUGAGCUGAACCUGUCUGGGGAACCUGGGGACGACGGGUUGCGGCGAGUGGUCAUAGACGGCAGCAGUGUGGCCUUGGUGCACGGCCUCCAGCACUUCUUCUCCUGCCGAGGCAUCGCCAUGGCAGUGCAGUACUUCUGGAACCGUGGACACCGAGAGGUCACUGUGUUUGUACCCACCUGGCAGCUGAAGAAGAACCGGAGGGUGAGAGAGAGCCACUUUCUGACGAAGCUACACUCGCUCAAGAUGCUUUCCAUCACCCCCUCCCAGCUGGAGAACGGCAAGAAGAUCACCACCUAUGACUACAGGUUCAUGGUGAAGCUGGCAGAAGAGACAGAUGGCAUCAUUGUCACCAACGAGCAGAUUCAUGUCCUGAUGAAUAAUUCCAAGAAACUGAUGGUCAAAGAUCGCCUGCUGCCCUUUACCUUUGCGGGGAAUCUCUUCAUGGUGCCAGAUGACCCUCUGGGCCGUGACGGCCCCACCUUGGAUGAGUUUCUGAAGAAGCCAAACAGGUUGCACACGGACGUUGGCAACUUCCUGAAGGUGUGGAAGACCCUUCCUCCCAGCUCUGCCAACAUCUCUGAGUUGAGGGAUGAUGCUAACCCUGGGCCUCUGGAGAAUCUGCAGAAUGUGGAAGAAGUCAGAGAGGAAAAGCAGGAGAGGUGGGACAAGGAGCAGAGAGUUGGGCAGGGGACGCAGAAGCCAGCUGAGGAGGAAGACCUCAAUUCUUCCCUGGCAUCAGUGUUACAAGUCGAGUGCCCUUCCCUUUCUGAGGAGAUCCUGCGGUGCCUCAGCCUCCACGACCCACCCGACGGGGCCCUCGACAUUGAUCUCCUGCCAGGGGUGACCUCUCCCUCCCUGGGCAUCCCCUGGGAUGGGGAGGCUCCCUGCCAGCAGGUACUUGCCCUGUUGGCCCAGCUGACCCUCCCCAGCAACUUCACUGCCCUCUCCUUCUUUGUGGGCUUCAUGGACUCCCACCGAGAUGUCAUCCCUGACUAUGAGGCCCUCGUGGGCCCCCUGCACAGCCUCCUCAAGCAGAAGCCGGACUGGCAGUGGGAUCAGGAGCAUGAGAAGGCCUUCCUGGCCCUGAAGCGAGCUCUGGUGUCCGCCCUCUGCCUGAUGGCCCCCGACUCACAGCUGCCCUUCCGCUUGGAGGUGAUGGUGAGCCAAGUGGCCCUGACGGCCAUCCUUCAUCAAGAGCACUCAGGCAGGAAGCACCCCAUAGCCUAUACCUCAAAACCCCUCCUUCCUGAUGAGGAGGGCCAGGGUCCCCAGUCAGGGGGAGACAGCCCCUAUGCUGUGGCCUGGGCUCUCAAACAUUUUUCCCGCUGCAUUGGAGACACCCCUGUGGUCCUGGACCUUUCCUACGCCUCCCGGACCUCUGCAGAUGCGGAGGCACGAGAGGGCCGCAGGGUUUCCAAGGCAUGGCUGAUCCGAUGGUCCCUCUUGGUCCAGGACAAAGGAAAGAGGGCCCUGGAGUUGGCCCUUCUCCAGGGCCUGCUGGGGGAAAAUCGACUGCUGACACCUGUGUCCUCCAUGCCUCGUUUCUUCCAGGUUCUGCCCCCUUUCUCUGACCUGUCCACGUUCAUCUGCAUCCACAUGUCGGGCUAUUGCUUUUACCGAGAGGAAGAGUGGUGCGCUGGCUUUGGGCUUUACGUUCUUUCUCCCACCAGCCCCCCUGUCUCCCUUUCCUUCUCUUGCUCCCCGUACACACCAACCUACGCCCACCUGGCAGCCGUGGCCUGUGGCCUGGAGCGCUUUGGCCAGUCUCACCUCCCGGUGGUUUUCCUCACCCACUGCCACUGGAUCUUCAGUCUCCUCUGGGAGCUCCUGCCCCUCUGGAGGGCUCGGGGCUUCCUGUCCUCUGACGGGGCUCCUCUACCUCACCCAAGUCUACUCUCCUACAUCAUAUCCCUCACCUCGGGUCUCUCUGCCCUCCCCUUUAUCUACCGAACUUCCUACCGGGGCUCUCUGUUUGCUGUGACGGUGGACACCCUGGCCAAGCAGGGCGCUCAGGGGGGCGGGCAGUGGUGGAAUUUGCCAAAUGACGUGCCAGUCCCUGUAGUGACUCCCCGUGCGAUGAGCAGGAGGCCCAACUUGCUGGCCUUACAGCUGAGUGACAGCACCUUGGCCGAUAUCAUUGCCAAGCUGCAGGCUGGACAGAAACUGUCCGGCUCCUCGCCCUUCAGUUCUGCCUUUAACUCGCUCAGCAUCGACCAGGAGACUGGCUUGCUUAUGUUCAAGGGCGAUAAGAAGCCCAGAGUCUGGGUCGUCCCGAGGCAGCUCCGGAGGGACCUGAUUUUCUCUGUGCAUGACAUCCCCAUGGGAGCCCACCAGAGGCCUGAGGAGACGUACAAGAAGUUGCGGUUACUGGGGUGGUGGCCUGGGAUGCAGGAGCAUGUGAAGGAUUACUGUAGGAGCUGCUUGUUCUGCAUCCCCCGGAAUCUCACAGGCAGUGAGAUGAAGGUUAUUGAGUCCCUGUGGCCCCUCAGGUCAACUGCGCCCUGGUCGAACCUGCAGAUUGAGGUGGUGGGCCCUGUCACCAUAAGUGAGGAGGGCCACAAACACGUGCUUAUUGUGGCCGACCCCAACACCAGGUGGGUGGAGGCAUUCCCACUGAAGCCCUACACGCACAUGGCUGUGGCCCAAGUGCUGCUACAGCAUGUGUUCGCAAGGUGGGGUGUCCCUGUGAGGCUGGAGGCAGCCCAGGGUCCCCAGUUUGCCCGACAUGUCCUGGUGAGCUGUGGACUGGCCCUGGGAGCCCAGGUGACCUCCCUGAGCAGGGACCUCCAGUUCCCCUGCCUGAUGAGCUCAGGAGCCUACUGGGAAUUCAAAAGGGCCCUCAAGGAGUUCAUCUUCCUUCAUGGGAAGAAGUGGGCUGCCUCCCUCCCCUUGCUGCACCUGGCCUUCAGGGCCUCCUCCACCGAGGCCUCGCCCUUCCAGGUCCUGACCGGGAGUGAGGCAAGGCUGUCGGAGCCGCUGUGGUGGGAGAUGAGCAGUGCGAACAUCGAAGGGCUCCAGAUGGAUGGCUUCCUGCUGCAGCUGGUUGGGGAGCUGCUCGAGCUGCACUGGAGGGUGGCUGACAAGGCCAGCGAAAAGGCCGAGAACAGGCGUUUCAAGCGGGAGAGCCAGGAGAAGGAGUGGAACGUGGGUGACCAAGUCCUCUUGCUGUCCCUCCCCAGGAAUGGCAGCAGUGCCAAAUGGGUGGGUCCUUUCUACAUCGGGGACCGGCUGAGCCUGUCUCUCUAUAGGGUGUGGGGCUUCCCGACCCCAGAGAAGCUGGGGUGCAUCUAUCCCAGCAGUCUGAUGAAGGCCUUUGCCAAGAGUGGCACACCCCUGUCCUUCAAGGUCUUGGAGCAGUGAGCUGAAGUGGUGGGGGUGCCCUGCCCCAGGCUGCUGGUUGCUGCUGCUAGGCCCUCUACCUCCCGCAGUGCAGGGCCCCGUGGGGGCCUGCAGUUGUGCCUUUUGUGAAGUUGCUUCAUAAAGCUUUGCUGAAUUGCCUUGAACUAUAGACCAGUGUUGCUGUGGAAACAUCCCCAUGUUGCGGUAUUUGGAGAGCUGGCCAAAGGCUGUCAGAUAUGGACCUCUGGCAGUUUUAUACUGGGGGGGCGGGAGGUGGAAAGUCCUCUUCCCUAAGGAGGCCAAGCUCAAUGUCCUUUCUCUAAGUCUUUCCCCCCUUCGUACUGUGCAGGUGUGUGGUGGUGUGCACACUCCAGAAUUUUACUGUUUUAACCAUAAAACUGUGUGGCUUUGGUUCUCAGAAUUGGAGCCAUAGUCCUUUCCCAAACAGGAACCUCAAAUGUGGGCUCCACCCCCCAACCUGCUCAUCUGGAGACCCUUUGCCUUGAGGCUUAUCAGAGCUGACACAAAGGUAUGGAGGCUGUGGGGAGGCAGCUGCCUCCCUAGACCCUGGUCAGCUUCCUUAGGCCAGGCUUAGCCUGCCUAGCUGUCCAGGAAGGGCCGACAGUCCUGGGCCCUAGGGCUGUGUCUCAGCAUGGGAGGAUGCCAGCUACAAGCCAUGCACUUGUCAGCAUGGGACGGGCAAGGGGCAAUGAGUUGGCCUACCUCAUUUGACUCCAGCCCACGGAGACAAGUCCUGACCCACAGGAAUCAAGGAUCUUGAUGCCGAGUGUGGCAUCUCUAUGGAAAAGCUGCUUUUACUAGACCAAGGGGCCCUGGCCUCUGUUCCCAGUGGGGAGGGCGUCUGGAACGAGCAGUCUGGCACACUGGUGCUGGUGUGGCUCUACCUCCCAACCCCUCCCAACCUCACCCCAAGGCCCACAGCCCUUCACUGUACCCCACAUCCCUAGACCCUCUAGAGUGUGAUUGCUUUGUCUGGAUCACCCCCUGACCUCUGGACCUGCCUUCUGUGUAGAGCAAAUCCCAGGCCCCCCUCAGAGACUCCUGCAGAGAUCACUCCUGUCGUGAGAGACUCGAGGAAGUGUGUGCCUAGACCCGGGCCCCUGGAUUGCGGCUGCCACCCUACAAGUGGACUCUAGGCAGAGAGGCCAGCACCAAGUCACUGUCUGAGCAGUUUAGUUUCUCUGGAAGCUGAGCGUCUCCUGGCCUAGCUCAGGUUGCCAGAAUACUUGGCAUUGUAGAGUGCUAGAGCCGUGGGAGAACUUGUCAUUGAGUCCAACUUGCUUAUUUUACAGCAGGGGAAAGGCCCCGAGAGGGAAAAUGACAUUCCCAAUGUCACACAGCUAAUUUGUGGCUGAGUUAGGAUAAGGAUUAAGCUUCCCGACUUCUAGUUCACUAUGAAAAAGGUUCUGGCAACAAGUUUAAGCUAGAGAACCCUUCGAAGUUUUGUACCCACAUUGCCUCCGACUCCCCAUUUCCCAAACCUAAACUACCUGAUGUCCUUAAACCAUUCCUGGCUGUAUCCCUGUCCAAGAAAGAAAGACUGGGUGACAGCUGAGAAAUCGAAAGGUGAGCUGUGGAUCGUUAGCAGAGACUCCCAUUCCUCCACCCUCCUUCCUCUCUCCUAUUAAUGGUCUGUGGCUCCUCGACACCCCUGACCUCGUGCUGUAUGUGUUCCCCUGUAACCACAUUUAUGAUCUUACACCUUCCUUUUAAGUAAACUUUUUUUUUUCAUUUGAUUUGUCAAUAAACAGAUCAAACUGGAGUCAAUGUCCAGUUCUUUUUUUAGCUUCAGACUCAAUGAUGGGAGCGAGGUAGGUAAGGGCAGCCUUGGGGUGAGGCGUGUGUCCCAGACAGACAUGC